AUGGCGUCCACCGAGAUAGCAAGACAAGCGGGUGAAGGUGCUCGUGCUGUCCCUCUGGCAGGCCAUGUCGGCUUUGACAGCAUGCCUGACCAGCUGGUCAACAAGUCUGUCAACCACGGAUUCUGCUUCAACAUCCUCUGUGUUGGUGAGACAGGUCUGGGCAAGUCCACCCUGAUGGACACGUUGUUCAACACCAAGUUUGAGGGGGAGCCCACUCAGCACAACCAGCCGGGAGUCACGCUCAAGUCCAACACCUACGAACUCCAGGAGAGCAACGUGCGCCUCAAACUCACUGUUGUCAACACCGUUGGCUUUGGAGACCAGAUCAAUAAAGAAGAAAGCUACAAGUCCAUUGUGGAGUUUAUUGAUGCACAGUUUGAAGCAUAUCUACAGGAGGAACUGAAAAUCAAGCGCACGUUACACAGCUACCACGACACCCGCAUCCACGCAUGCCUGUACUUCAUCGCUCCCACGGGACACUCGCUCAAAUCUCUCGACUUGGUGACCAUGAAGAAACUCGAUAGCAAGGUCAAUAUAAUCCCAAUCAUCGCCAAGUCAGACGCCAUCUCCAAGAGCGAGCUGGCCAAGUUCAAACUCAAAAUCACCAGUGAGCUGGUCAGCAAUGGAGUGCAGAUCUACCAGUUCCCUACUGACGAUGAGUCUGUGGCAGAGAUCAACUCCACCAUGAACAGCCAUUUGCCGUUUGCAGUGGUGGGGAGCACAGAGGAAGUGAAGAUCGGGAACAAGAUGGUGAAGGCCCGGCAGUACCCGUGGGGGACGGUGCAGGUGGAAAAUGAGAAUCACUGUGACUUCGUCAAACUGCGAGAAAUGCUGAUCAGAGUGAACAUGGAGGACCUGCGAGAGCAGACUCACACACGCCACUAUGAACUGUACCGCCGCUGCAAACUGGAGGAGAUGGGAUUUAAGGACACAGACCCUGACAGCAAGCCCUUCAGUCUGCAGGAAACGUAUGAAGCUAAGAGGAACGAGUUCAUGGGUGAGCUGCAGAAGAAAGAAGAGGAAAUGAGGCAAAUGUUUGUGCAAAGAGUCAAAGAGAAGGAGGCCGAGCUUAAAGAAGCAGAAAAAGAGCUGCAUGAGAAGUUUGACCGUCUGAAGAAGCUCCACCAGGAUGAGAAGAAGAAACUGGAGGAAAAGAAGAAGUCUCUGGACGACGAACUCAAUACGUUCAAACAGAAAAAGACUGCAGCAGAGCUCUUGCUGAAUCAAGCUCAGCAGGCAGGGGGCUCCACCACACUCAAGAGGGACAAAGAGAGGAAAAACUUCUUUUAAUCUGUCUUGGCCACCUGAAGAGGGGAUUGCAGCUUCGGCCAGAACUAAGCACCCUUUACCUCUUCCAGUUUUCUCUCGCUGUAUCAACCUUUUAUAUUUUCUCCCCCAUCCCAUCUUCUUUUGUUAAAUAUGGCCUUAUGUGGACUCUCAUGGUAUUUCUGACGACCCAAUGAAGAUCUAGACCGAGGCACGUUGGGAACCGGGCACAGUUUAGUUUAAAUAUAGUUUAUGUCUUAAUGUAAAUAAAGCAAUUCUUGUAGUUCAAUUAAGUCACCAGUAGGGGAUUUACACAUUUACAGGACUGGAGAACUUAUGCAAUGACCGACACCGUGCACUCAUCUUCGUAGGAUUCUUAGAUUAAAAAGCAAACAUUAGAAUUAAACGCUACAAUGAAACAAGAAAAAUGUUCUGCCAGCUUAAAGUACCUAAAAUGUGCUUCAAAUGGUGAAACACAUUCUUUCAAAUUCAAGUUAUCGAUUGUUUUAUAAAUGGGUUUUUUGAGUUGGUCAACAACUUCCUUUUUUUUAGAACUUGAAAUUACCUCAAGUGGUAACACAAAUUAAUGAAGUUAUUACAAUCUUGUGUUUUUUAACUGUAAGUUUGCAAGUUAUAUCAACACAAUCGAUAACUUUGAUUUGAAAAAUGUAAUUCAUUUGUGUGACAUUAACUGAAGUGAUUUAAUGUUAGUAAACACAUUUUUGAGUGCACUGUACAACACGCUGGUUAAACAGAAACUCAUGGACAGAGGCACUUAAUGCACUGAUGCAUUAUGACGUACAGUAUAAUGAAAAGACGUGUUGUUCUCUCUCAUCCAGUCCCGUUAAAAAUUAAAAUCUCCUGCUUCCAGGUUUUCUGAACAUCAAAACUUAAACACCAGAAUUAAAUUACAGUCAUAUUCAUGCAAAAGCCAAAGCAAUAUUUAUACUUAGCACUGCAUUUUAAGGUGCCCAUGUUUACAUGUCACUGUUGAAUACCAUGGAGAUCACAUGUCAUGGCCUUUAAUUACACACUGUGCUUUAAUAUUCACAGGCCUAUCCUAUAUUUUGCAUGCAUCUUUUGAUUCGGUUACUGCUGUGAUCUUUGACCUGCUUGUUUUUAUCCCCUAAUAACUCAAGUUUUGCAGUUUAUUGCAACUUUAUUGUUGUUGUUUUUUUUCAAAAAAGGUGCAAAUGAUUAUUGUAUAUUUUAUCUGUCCUCUGAUUUCAGCUCCCAUUUUGCCAAAUAUUAGAAUAAGAUGAAGUCAAACUGAAUCCCAGAUAGAUCGAGUAUUAAAAAAUACUUCUGCAUUUAUAUAAUUUAUAAGGAUAUAUUUUGUGUAUUGAAGUGGAGACUUGUUGUUUAUUACCUAUGAUCUUUGGACGUGUCUCUGAGUGUAAAGUAACAUUUUGGUGUCAGACAUUGCCAUACAUUUUUCUAGUAUCAGUCAUCACCUCUUGUAGUCAGAAAAUCUCCCAUACUACAAUUUAUUCAAUAUCUUACUUUAGUUUGAUUCCAUUGAUGUACAUUUUCAAUAAAAAAAAUCGGAUCCAAA